CGCCCGCCCACAAGUCUCCGGCCCGGAACCGCUGCGGGUCCGCCUUGAGUAAGUGCCCACGAACCGUCGCGCCGCGACGCGCGCUUACUCACACUCGCUUGCGCCUCGCCUUCUCGGCCGGACGGGGAAAAAAAGACGCGCGUCCUGCACAAUGCUGUGAGGCGGCGCGCGCGAUGCCGCUCGGCAGAGGCGCCUUCACGCACGCCCUCGCGCUCGCGUACGCAGGCGGGUACAGCCACCUCCGGAGCCCCGUCUGCACGCCGCGCGAUGGCGACUGCGGCCGUGAAGAGGGCUCGCCCCCGCCGCCGCCGCCCGGCUUCAUCCCGCUGAGGAGCCCGCUCUACACGCAACUCAAGCAGGAAGGCUACAGCCAGCUGGGCGAGCCGCUGCAGCAGCUGGGCGCGGGCGGCGCGGCGACGGACCUGGCGUCGAGUUCGGGCGGCGGCGGCAGCGGCGGCGGCGCGCACGACGACGGGCCCGUCAGCUACGUGCAGCAGGCGCCGCCCCCGCAGCCGCCCCCGCCGGCGCCGCAGCCCCAGCCCCCGCAGCAGCAGCAACAGCAACAACAGCAGCAGCCCCCGCCCGCGCACUACGAGACCGACCAGGAGUACCACUCGCUGGACACGCCCGCCCACCACGGCGGCUACCUCGAGAGCUCGCCCGAGUUCUACUCCGCGCACCCGGGCGCCGCGCCGCUCGUCGACAAGUUCCAGGCGCACUACGUCAAGAACUACGUGCGAGGCGCUCUGCCGUCGCGUCUGCGCCUGGCCGUGCCGCGCUGCGCCGCGCCGCACUACCCCACCGCGUGCCGCGCCGCGCCCGGAAGCGGCCAGCCACUUCCAGGAAGCCGCUGCCCCUUCCGGUUGGAGCGCUGCGCUGGGCGGUACCCGCACCACGAGGCGUACAGCGACGCAUACAGCUCGCCGUACGACACUUCGCCCUUCCAGACGGUGCCGACGAGCGUGGGCGGCGGCGGGGGCGACCCGUGGGGCGCGGGCCCCGACCUGGGUCCGCCCCCGCACGCGCACCCGCACCCGGCCUUCCUGCACGCGGGCGCGCCCGGCCGCGGCGACGCGCUGCCGCACGCCGUCACGCCCAACGGCGACACCAAGCCCGUGCUGCAGUCGCCCAUGCUGCCCGGCUACUCAGGGGGUCCCUGCUUUACGGGCUCAGGUCCGAUUCAGCUGUGGCAGUUUUUACUUGAACUGCUCACUGACAAGUCCUGUCAGGGUUUUAUCUCAUGGACAGGAGAUGGAUGGGAAUUUAAGCUGACUGAUCCAGAUGAAGUGGCUCGCCGCUGGGGGAUCCGGAAGAACAAACCCAAGAUGAAUUACGAGAAGUUGAGCCGUGGGCUUCGCUACUACUAUGACAAGAAUAUUAUUCACAAGACCGCUGGCAAACGUUACGUGUAUCGCUUUGUGUGUGAUCUUCAGAGCUUGCUGGGGUAUUCCCCCGAAGAGCUGUAUGCCAUGGUCGAUCUGAAGCCUGAGAAGAAAGAAGAUGAUUGAAAUUUGGUGCAUUAGGCUUGUUUCCAAGCACUUAGGGAUGAGAAAAUUCCUGCAAAGGUUAUGUGCAUAAUAUUCGUGCAGUGCUAUUGGAUUUUGCUACUAUAUGCUGUGUAGGUGUAAUUAAAACAUAAAGAAGAAAAUGAUAUAAUGUACAUAUCCAAAUACUAUUUACGAUUAACUAUUUUUAAUGAUGUCUAAAGAGUAGAGAACUAAUAUUUUCUCAUGACAAAAUUUAUUAUCUCGUUUUAAGAGAUAGAAAUCUUUAGUCUGACCAAUUGGGUGUUAGAACCAAAAAUUAAGUUUCUUGCUUAACAAGGAUAUGUACCAUGUACCAAAGUCAAUGAAACGUUAUGGGAACAUUAUUUCAUUGCCUUGACUUGAUUUCUAUGUGAUGAUUUUUAGACUGUGGCAAAUAUACAAUAAAACCACAAGUCAUAAAACUACUAUGAACUAUUUCCUUGUGUGAUUAUGCUCUCUGUUAGAACAAAGAAAAGUAUAAACCACUAUAUAUUGUUCUGACUUGUUGAUUUAUUUUUAACUUUUAUUUUUAACUUAAAUGUGCAUGUCUUUGAUCAUAGAGGCAGUCAGUUGUUUAUUGCUGUUGUGUUUUUAGAUGUACUGAAUACAAAGGAACAACUGUUGUAUUAUUAAAUGUUAUUCUAUGGUCACAAACUCUGAGGUGCAGAUUUCAGAAUCGGUUGUUUAUUGAAAAAGAUUCCAACAGUUGAAUUUUGUCUGAAAACAGACUUGGUUGGAAGUAUCUUGUAAAUACCAGAUAUAUCACCCACAGUUUUACUUUCCUGACUGAGGAGAACAUAUCAUAAAGUAAUAUUUGUGAUUUUAUACAUGACUACUGUAAGAGAUCAAAUUAUCCCCUUUCCCUUGGGAUUAUUAAGUUGUAUUUUUUAAUUAUGGAAAGAAUGUAUAGUAUAUAACUUUGUACAAUAUAUUACUGUUGUGAUUGUAUGGAAAGAAACAUAAAUGUGUUUUGGUAUUUCCUUAUGAUUGUAAUCACAAAACAUUUCAUCCAUUGUAAAGUAAACCUACAGAGGUCAUUAAUUGAUGUUUUCAUAUGAUGUCUAAAAAAGAAUUUCUUGAAUUGUUUGUGAAUAUACAAGAAAAGUCUGUAUCUUUAUUUAUUUUUACACAUAAUUUUAAAUUCACAAAUCAAAGGAAAUUCAAAUAUUUAUCACUUGUUUUAUUAUGGUCUAUAGAUUGUUGACUGCAGAAGAUUACAUUUCAAAUAUUUAGGAGAAAAGAUUUAUUUUCAUAUUUGAUCUCAGAUGAUUGUUGUGUUGAUCUCUAGUGAAAUACUGCAAACAAAACGAGUACUAACAGCAGCAGUAUUACAGCUUCAGUGAAAUUGAUCAAAGAAUUAUGCAUAAUUUUUAAUUAAGAAAAGAAAUAACACAACAUUUAUCUCAGAACACUAUUUAAUUGAUAAUCUUCACACUUAACGAUCAGUUCUGUAAAAUGAUUUACAGAACUAGAAAAUUAGACUUCAUUUAAUUUUUAAAUUUUUUAUACAGUAUUGAAAAUGAUCCUGUGAAAUCCAAACCACAGUUAUUGUAUUCCAUGUUUAUGAAAAUCUAAAUUGUGUGCAAGACACAGCUGUUUUAUCUUGUAGUGUUUGAAUUACAGAUUGAACCAUGGUACCAAUUAUUUUUCUUAUACUCCGUGUUUACAAAAUUGACCCUUAUAAUCUGAACUUUGAAUCGAUUGCAGGACAAAUACAUUUUAUCUACUUUCAUAGCUAUUAAAUUAUUGGUGAACAAUGGUACUCAAUAUUUUCCUGAACAUAAUAUGGUCUAAUUGGAAAAUAUCUUGUUUGUGAAGCUUCAUAUCUUUAUCUGUUUGGAAACGUUAUUGUGUUCAAAUUUAUUUUUAUAGAAUUGAAUUAAGAUCCAACCAAUUUUGGAAAAUGUACUAUUUAUAUCUUCCAUUGUAGAUGUUAUUCAUUAUUUUCUUUUUCACUUCUUCAUUCAGUAUGAUAAAGCAGUUCGUAUCAAUGUUUUUGUAAAUGUCCUUUGCUGGUGAGCAUUCAAAAAUUUGUUAAUGUAUUAUGCACAAAAAAUGUAGUAGAUAUAUUUGUAAGUUGCACAUUAAAUAAACAUCCAUGUUUAAUGGUUAAAAUUGAAAAUUAGAAUGGUUUGAUUAUGUAAAUAGGAACUCCAUUUCUCCUUCAUUUUUAUUAGAUAUGGAAAAUUUCCCUGAUUUCUUCACAAGUAAG